CUGGAAUAGCAAGCAGAGGAGAGCCGCCACUGGGCCUUCAGCUCUCUGCGGGUCGUCUACGACGGCAGUAUUGCCGAAAAUCUUUGUUGACAUUGUUGAGUUUGUGGAGUUGUUGUUUGUUCAACGCAGGUCUGGCAGCUUUCACCUGGAUGCUGGCAACUACGUUCGAGGUCGGCAGUCGGUUAGAAGUUGAGGAGGGUGGCGUCUGGUACCCGGUCAGGGUAACCCAGGAAGACGAGACCCGAGUGUGCAUCCAUUUCCAGGGUUGGAGUCAUCGUUAUGACAAAUGGAUUGAGAAGGACGGCGGAAACAUCCGAGUUCAUCGAAAGCAGCAUACGAUGAAAAGAAGAAGUCGCGCCACCGACGAUGAAAAACCCACGAAGAGACCAUCAACAACUCUCAAGGUCGGUGGCGUGUUCCUUGCUGGCGCUCGUAAGAGUGCCCGAAAAUCUACUGAUGCUCCCAAGGAUUCCGGCCGUUCAAGUAGUGUGGGGAAUGAGGUGAGCAGCUCGACAGCAACCUCGACGAAAGGCAAUGUUGCGCAAGCGAACAAGAGCACGAGGGAGACGAAGGAAACAAAAGAGAGGACCUCUACCCGAAUCCUGAGAGAACCAAAGGAAAAAGAACCGAAAACUGCUCCUGUGACGCCGUCCCCUGUCGGCGAUGCCACGCCGAACGCAACACCGUUGGCCGAACCCGCCGUACCUGCUAAAGGACCUCCUCCAGUCGGUUGGGCAUACGAGGUCGUCACGAGUGCUCAGGACCUGCUGCCUAGGAAAGCUUUCACGAUAAACGAGGAUCACAACGACUUCAAAUGCACACAGGACAACUGCAACAAGAGUUUCCGCAAGGAAAAGCUCUUGCGAAGCCACUUGAAACACUAUCACAAUAUUAGUAUAGACACCAUCGAUGGACCUCCGUCAACUCCGACGACCCCGGUGACACCAUCUGCGCCCGGCCCAAAUGUCGUCGCCCCGGCAAUCACUGCGUCCGCCGAAUCGAAAGGUCGCCGUUCACACGGUCGACGCACACGGACAUCGGCGGAAGAGCAACGUACUCAAGCAGAAAAAUCCAAGGAGAUCAACCUCGAUGCUGUGACUGAAACUUCGUCUUCAACCGACAUUUCAAACGUGACCGUCAUCGACUCCGUAGAUCAACAGACCCCGGCGUCACGGUCCCAAGACGAGCUCAAGAAGCUCCCGCACGUCACCGAAUCUAGUUCGCUUCCGAGCCGGGCAGCGCUCGGUACACUCCCAGAAGCUAGCAUAGCCCCCUCUUCCUUCGAGUCGACUCCGAUUAGCGUGGGAAACCCUGUUCCGCGCACACCCCUCUACGGACGAGUUGGGCAGAAUAGGUUCGUCCCGAUUCCUGAGCCUCUGGUGCUUGGUCGCGAGAAGCGAAAAGUUGUGAAAACCGAGCGGAUGCAAGAGGCCGAAUCCGCAUUCAUCAAGAAACAGAAAACAGAGGCCGGGCCCGCUGCGGCCGAUAAGAAGGAGAAGCGGAGAAGAAGUCACGGUGGUGAGAAAGAGGACGCCGAGGAGCAACAGGACAUCAGUCUUGCAAAGCCGACUGAAAUUCCCUCGGACGACGAGCCCGUCAUCACUCCGCCCAGGUGUCAGGCGACUUCGGACCCGAAGCAAGGCCCGGACACUUCGGUUGAAAAAGAUAUGGUUCAUUGUCCGUGCGGAGUCGAAGAAGAAAGUGGAUUGAUGAUGCAGUGCGACCUCUGUCUCUGUUGGCAACAUGGCAGUUGUUUCGGACUCGAAAACGAGAAACAUGUUCCUGAGAGAUAUGUAUGCAUCGCUUGUCAGAAUGCACGUCGGAUCGUCCAAAAACAAACUCACCAAGUGGCUGCUUUCCGCGCUAUGGCCGAGGGCCGCCUACCGUCUCUGGUUCCAGGCGGCUCGAAUCAUCCGCAGCGUUUCCUAAAUCUCACCAAGAUCGCUGAAACGAUGGCGAAUCUCCGCAAAGCGCUCAGAGGCAUCGAAAUCCGAAUUCUUCGAGUUUAUCAGGACACUAAUCGAUCUCUUCCCGAGCGACGAACACUUUUGGAUGCAGCAGUAGCAGACGCUGAAUGCAUCCAGCGUCAGAUGGACAUUUGCGAGAAAAUCCUCGCAGCUAUCGACAGACCUGCAAACGAUCAGGGCAGCGAGGCUCUGAUCCUCCGGAGUACCGUCAAAAGCGUACUGAAAGACCUUUGGACCGUACAGAGACUCACGCUCUUCAAAUAAAGCGUGGACCAUGGCU